UUAUCUCUGUCAUCCAAAAUCAAGAAGAAGAAAAACUAAUGGACAUUAAAGAAGAUAACGAGUCUCGAGUUAUAACACCAAACGAAACUCGACUUCAGGAUUCAGUUUCUGUAAGAACAGGAACGUUAUGGACGGCUGUGACACAUAUAAUAACAGGAGUGAUAGGAGCAGGAGUGUUGUCUUUGGCUUGGGCCACGGCAGAGCUUGGCUGGAUCGCUGGUCCGGCCGCGAUUUUUGCCUUUGCGGGAGUCACACUUCUCUCUGCUUUUCUUCUUGCCGAUUGCUACCGUUACCCCGAUCCUGACAACGGUCCUCUCCGACUUAAUUCUUACACUCAAGCCGUUAAGGUUUAUUUAGGGAAGAAGAAUGAAAUCGUAUGUGGAGCUGUUGUAUACAUUAGCCUUAUGGGUUUUUGCAUUGCUUUUACCAUUGUUACCGCUACAUGCAUUAGAGCAAUUAUCAAAACGAAUUGUUAUCAUAGAGAAGGACACAAUGCAACAUGUUCUUAUGGAGACAACAACAACAACAUCUUCAUGCUUUUGUUUGGUUUGCUUCAGAUAUUUUUGUCACAAAUACCUAAUUUCCACAAUAUGCUAUGGCUCUCUACUAUUGCUGCGACUAUGUCUCUUGCUUACUCCUUCAUUGGCAUCGGCCUCUCCCUUGGCAAAAUCAUUGAAAAACGAACGAUUGAGGGAAGUGUAAAGGGAACUCCAGCUGAUAACAGAAGUACAAAAGUAUGGUUAGUGUUCCAAGCUCUUGGGAACAUUGCCUUUUCAUAUCCUUUCUCAAUCAUACUUCUUGAGAUUCAGGACACACUGAGAUCACCACCGGCAGAGAAGCAAACGAUGAAGAAAGCCUCGAUCGUUGCGGUAUUCAUCCAAACAUUCUUCUUCUUCUGUUGCGGAUGCUUAGGCUACGCGGCCUUUGGAGAUUCCACCCCGGGAAAUCUUUUGACCGGUUUCGGAUUCUAUGAACCAUUUUGGCUCAUCGAUUUCGCCAACGCUUGCAUUAUUCUUCACUUAGUUGGUGGAUACCAGAUCUUCAGUCAACCGAUAUUCGCGGCUAUGGAGAGAUGGCUAACCGAGAAAUACCCACAAAACCAAUUCAUAGUCCGAUUCUACGGCUUCAAACUUCCAAUGUUAGGAGGAACAAUGAGACUGAAUCCAAUGAGGCUAUGUUUGAGAACAAUGUAUGUGGUGAUCACAACAGGAGUGGCAGUUAUGUUUCCCUUCUUCAACGAAGUAUUAGGAGUGUUGGGGGCAUUUGGAUUUUGGCCUUUGGCAGUGUAUUAUCCUGUGGAGAUGUGUAUAUUGCAAAAGAAGAUACAAAGUUGGACGCGGCCAUGGCUUCUUCUUAGAGGUUGUAGCUUUGUUUGCUUGAUUGUCUGUCUCUUGUCUCUUGUUGGAUCCAUUUAUGGACUCGUGGGAGAAAAAUUAAGAUGAUUAGCCAAUACCAUGCCUGUGUGAUUCAUGGAUGAGGGAUCUUCCUACUCUAACUAGUAAAUAAAUGAGUGAUUCAUGUAAUCCAUUAGCAUUUGAUAUAGAAAGUUGAAUUUUUAAUA